UUUUGUUUCUCUUUUAAUUCUUUUCGUUUUCUUGUGGAAAGAACGAAGAACAUAGAUUCUUACCAAUUGCAGAAGAACAGAAGAACGGAGAACAUGGAAGAAGAAAGUUUCAGUUGCCACAUCCGCAAGUAGAAAUAGGGACUCGCACAAAAGUAAACCACCUGAUUCAUCGAUUUUAGAAGGGACUUUCAACAAUGUAAUACUGAGUUCACACCUUCAACAUGGUUCUUCCUAGUCUCUCGUCACAACAACUAUUUUCAAAUUUUCGUUUCAUUUCUCUCUCUACCUUCAAUUCUCAUCAUAGAUACAUUUGUUCUCACCACCCAGAAUCUGAGAAAGCAAGACUCAGAUCACGAAAUGCAAGUAAAACGGCCAAAACCAUGGCCGAUCUUAUCAAUUCCCAACCAUGGUCAAAUACGUUGGUCUCUCUUCUGCCCACCCCUCUCUCCAAAACGACGGUGCUCCGAACCCUUCGCCUCAUCAAGGACCCUUCCAAAGCUCUUCGCUUUUUCAAGUGGGCUCAGCAAAGUGGGUUUCCCCACACAGCUCAGUCCUACUUCAUCAUGCUACAAAUUCUGGGUCGCGAUAGGAACCUCAACGUGGCCCGAAACUUGCUUUUUUCCAUCGAGAAAAAGUCUAACGGAACGGUCAAGCUUGAGGACAGGUUCUUCAAUACCCUCAUCAGAAGCUACGCCGAAGCAGGCCUCUUCAAAGAGUCCUUGAAGCUUUUUCAGACCAUGAAGUCCGUUGCUGUGUCCCCCUCCGUGGUUACCUUCAACUCUGUUUUGUCUAUUUUGCUUAAAAGGGGUCGCACCAAUAUGGCCAAAGAGGUGUAUGAUGAAAUGCUUCACACGUAUGGUGUUAGUCCAGACACUUGUACAUACAAUGUUUUGAUCAGAGGGUUUUGCAAAAACUCAAUGGUCGAUGAAGGGUUUCGGUUCUUUAAAGAGAUGGCUAGUUUUAAUUGUGAUCCGGAUGUUGUCACAUAUAACACUCUUGUUGAUGGUUUAUGUAGAGCGGGGAAGGUUAGAAUUGCUCGGAAUUUAGUAAAUGCUAUGAGCAGGAAAUGUGAGGGUUUGAAUCCUAAUGUUGUUACUUAUACAACUUUGAUCCGAGGGUAUUGUAUGAAGCAAGAAGUUGACGAGGCAUUGGUUGUUCUUGAAGAGAUGAGUGGCCGAGGCAUUGAACCGAACAUGGUUACCUAUAAUACUUUGAUAAAAGGGCUUUGUGAGGUACACAAGUUGGACAAGAUGAAAGAUGUUUUGGAAUGGAUGAAAGAUAAUGGGGGCUUUAGCCCUGAUACAUUUACCUUUAAUACAAUUAUUCAUUCACAUUGUUGUGCAGGAAAUCUGGAUGAAGCAUUGAAGGUGUUUGAAAGCAUGAAGAAAUUUCAGGUCCGCAUGGAUUCAGCCUCGUACAGCACUAUGAUACGUAGUUUGUGUCAGAAAGGGGACUAUGAUAUGGCAGAGGUGCUAUUUGAUGAGUUAUUGGAGAAGGAAAUCCUAUUGAGUAAUUUUGGCUCCAAGCCACUUGCUGCUGCUUAUAGUCCUCUUAUUCAGUAUUUGUGUGAACAUGGGAAGAGUAAGAAGGCCGAGAGGGUGAUGAGACAGUUAAUGAAAAGGGGCACACAAGAUGGCCAAUUAUACAACACAUUGAUUAUGGGGCACUGUAAAGAAGGUGCAUAUGAAAGUGGAUAUGAGCUUUUAGUGUGGAUGCUGAGAAGAGACUUUCUUCCUGAUGUUGAUAUAUAUGAUUACUUGAUUGAGGGUUUUCUUUUAAAGAAUAAGCCUCUGCUUGCAAAGGAGACACUAGAGAAAAUGCUUAAGAGCUCCUAUCAACCUAAAACAGUCACCUGGCAUUCGAUUCUGGCAAAACUUUUGGAAAAGGGUUGUGCUCAUGAGUCUGCCGGUGUUAUUUUGAUGAUGCUGGAGAAAAAUGUUAGACAGAAUAUAAACCUGUCAACUGAGAGUUUAAAGCUACUUUUCAGAUGUGGACAGCAAGAAAGAGCAUUUGAGAUUAUUGAUUUGGUUUAUAAGAAUGGAUACCGUGUUACAGUAGAAGAAGUGAUUCAAUUUCUUUUUGAGAGAGGAAAGCUAUCAGAAGCAUGCAAAAUGUUGCUUUUUAGUUUGAAAAAUCAUCAGAAUGUCAAUAUUAAUUUGUGUAAUGCAAUUAUUCUGAAUCUUUGUAAAAUUAACAAGGUCUCAGAAGCAUUUAAAUUAUGCUAUGAAUUGGUGGAGAUCGGUUUAUGUCAGGAAUUGACAUGUCUAAAUGAUCUACUGGCUGCUUUAGAGGAAGGGGGAAGAAGAGAGGAAGCUAUAUUUAUAUCAAAGAGAUUACCAAGACUGGAGAAUUUAGAUGAAUCUAAGGGAAAUCGUAGCUCUAAGAAGUUCAGGCCUAUUAAAGUGUGAAUCGUGUUUCCUGCUGUUUCAAUGUUAUGUUUUCAUCUUUUCUGCUUUGACGGUUGAAAGUUAAAAUCAUUAGCUUCUACUGCUUGAAGAUGAUCUUUAUUUGAUGAAGUUAAAAUCAUCAGCUUCUGCAGCUUGAAGAUUAUCUUUAUUUGAUAAAGUAAAUAGUUUGAUGUCAUAUGGUGGUAUUAAGAUGACCGACCUUUUGCUGCAGUAGCCAGUGAGCAAACCAGAAGGUGAUACAAUAAGCCAAUCCUUCCCGGUUAACAGGUAUGCCCCCUUGAAAGCCAUCCUUGAAAAUAUGGCCAGCCUUUUACCUUAAAGACUCAUUGCCACUGAUUCACAGUUUCUCCACUCUCAGUCUACAAGAAGAGACAGAAUGCAAACAAUAUUACCUAGAUGAAGGACCCAGAGAUAACUACUAAGGUGUACAAAGUAAAAAGAAAAAAAUAAGAAUGCUUAUGAGUCUUGACUAGAAAUGCACGCUACAUUCUUUGUCAAGAGCCUAUUCGUUAGUUUUCAAAAGCUGUUUCAGAGUUUUUCGGGUGUCUUUGACUCUUUUUUUUUUGUGGUAUAAUUACUAAUUUGGUAUUCCAACUUUUUGGGAUUGUUCAAUUUGGUAUCCGAACUUUAGGAACGUUCAAUUUGGUACCCAAAUUUUUUAAACAGGUUUAUCUUAGUACCUUCUGUUAAACACUACUUAAUGUCGUUGGGCUUUUAUUGAGGUGGCACUGUGCAACAAAGACGUGACGGAAAUAAGGGUUGUGCACGUGAAUUUACUGUUAAAAAAAUUGCAAAGUAAAUAAUAAAAACGAAAAUGCGUUAUUAUCGAAAUUGGGGAAAAAAAUUAGGGUGGAGUGAUCCACGUGCAGAAGGAAAAAUUAGGGCAGAAUUGUGUAAAAUCUGAAAGGUGGAUUUGGAAAUUAGGGUUUGUGUCGGACAUGGGUGAUAUGCGUUUUUGUUUUUAUUAUUUACUUUGCAAUUUUUUUAAUAGUAAAUUCACGUGCACAACCCUUAUAAAUGGCGUUAAGUAGUGCUUAACGGAAGGUAUUAAAAUAAACUUGUUUAAAAAAUUUAGGUAUCAAAUUGAACGUUCCUAAAGUUUGGAUACCAAAUUGAACAAUCCCAAAAAGUUGAGAUACCAAAUCAGUAAUUAUACUUUUUAUUUUUAUAAAGUUGAUGUUAAGCAUCAUUGCCCAUCACAUGAAAGUAUAUUAAUUAAAAAGAAAAACGAAAUCGGUGAGUUUUCAAUAAUACUGGUUAUUUUGACUAGGUCACUUGUCUACAUUCAAUAAUACUGGUGCAGGAAAAAAAUUCUCGAAAUAACAAAAACUAUUAUUCCUUCGUUCAGAGCAUGUUGAUAUCAAGUAUUAGUUAGUUAUAGAUGAAAUUCAAAAUUCUCACUUGGAUUUAGUACAUCAACGCCAAGGAGAUGUUUGCAUAAGGUCCUAACCUGAAGCUUUUCUAAAC